GGUCCUGUCAGUCAGAGCGCGAACAUGGCGGUCGUGGGAUCGAUAGGGGAGUUUGGGGAUUGAAUUUAUCCCAUGUCUCCACGUCUGCGACUCCUCGCGGGACGCGACCUCGCGAUCGUCGCCGGAGAACGCGCGACACCGUCGAAUGCGGCACAGAAACGAGAGAGCAGAUUGUCCUGUGCGCCCGUGCGUCGCGCACCACCACCGACGCCGUUCAGCUGAUCGGUGUGUGACAGGUGAAAGUGUUCCGGAUAGCUGUCGAGCCGUGAAGACGCGCGGCUGACUCACCUUCAACACGAUGCACCGGGCCAGAUGGCUAGCUUGUGCGGAGAGUUCGGCCGUACCGAAAGUUCCUAAUGUAAACCUAGGUAGUGUGUUGCGAGAUAAUAUGUUACAAUAAUAGAAAUCAAUCCCUUCCAGAGGUAGCUCUUCCAGAGGUAGCCUUUCCUCGCAAUUUUCGUCUCUCGACGUAUGCCUCUUAAUGUGAGAACGUUAGCUAAUUGUACGUCAACUUUCUCCGAUUGUAACAAUUGAUUUUUGUCUUUUUCAACAAUAACAACAGCAAGUUCUUCUCAGGAUAAUGUAAUUAGUUUUCAGAUUUCCCCCUUCUCCUUCAUGCACGCUUUAAUAGUGCUUACAUAAUUCUUGCUGCAGCCUGUGUCACAGCAUUCACCGAUGCUCAUUGAGGAGAGAAGAACAGCUGUGGCUCUAAUAUGCACACUUGGAAUUUUCUUUUCCUGCCACAUAUUCAUAGCGGGAUAAUAUCUAACAGUCUGUGCUCCAUUGUAUCCUGUUGAUGAAGUUCAUCAGGGGAAAACUCUUUGACGAGCACAUCUGUAGCAUGUAUAUUGGAAGCUCUCGACUCAGUGUUGCACACAGUGCCUCGUCGUCUGUGUAACGGUCUGCUGAGCCUGAAGUUUUGGGUGCGCGCCACGUUCGAUACUUGUCGAGGGAGAGAUCGUGUGUCCUCAACAACGGUGGUUCUAAUAUGGACGGUUUGCAACUCGUUCUGGUUGCCGUCGUUACGUUCAUCUGCGGUGUAAUAUGUACCCUGGCAUUGGAGUUCUACCUGUUCAAGAGGUAUCUCGUCUCGGGACCUCAGGCUGCUUCGCCGCAAAGGCAGCUACACCAUGGCAAGGCGCAGUUACCUAAAGAGCUAGUGGAGCAGAUGCAGGAGGAACGGACGAACUGCAACAACAGCAUGACACGUCAGGCGAUGUCCCAGGGCAAUGAGAACCUAGCCAUCAAUCUCACGCUGCAGUUCCUCUUCAACGAACUGCGAAACGCCGAGCGAGUGCGUCUCUGGCUUUACAGGAAGCUGAAUAACGAGUUCAAGGAGCUGCUGACGCAGUCGACCACCGGCAAACUGUUGGACAGCGUAAAAUUGAGAGACUUGAACCUCGGCACGCAAUUUCCCACCAUCAAGGGCUUAGAGGUCGCCGACUCGAAGAUUGACGCCGACACGGGUCUGCUGGAGUCUCUGGACUUGGCCUUAGAUUUACAUUACUCAGGAAACUUUCAAUUGUCUAUAGAUGUUAAGAUGCUGUUGGGGAAAACAGCGUAUAUGGCGUUGCAAGUGAAACGUAUCAGCGGUAAAGCCAGACUGCAGUUCACCCGCGUGCCGUAUACGCACUGGUCCCUGAGCUUUUACUCAGAUCCGAUCUUGGAGCUGGAGGUGCAGUCGCAGUUCCAAGGCCGUCAGUUGCAGCCGCAGAUAAUCUCGCUCAUCACCAGCCAGAUUAGGCGGGCGGUGAGACGGAAACAUACUCUACCUCGUUACAAAAUGCGCUACAAGCCGUUCUUCCGAAGAUUGAACGACGAGGCCGUCGAUCUCUCCGAGGUCGCCAGUACGCAGCUCACUCCGGGAUACUUGGAGGUCGUGUUGCUGGAGAUCAGCAGACUGAAUAUCGCAUCUCUCAUACCCAACAGCGAGGACGUCUCGCAGGUGGAGGUGUACUGCACCAUGAGCGUGGAUGCCACGCCGUGGGUGUACCUGACGCAGUACAGCGGCGUCCCAUACAUGGUGCUGGACUUGAUCAUCAGCAAGACCGGCUCCCAGCAGCUGGGUGUGGUGUUCAAGCAGGAGGUUGUGCCGGAGGUCGGCCAGGUGUGCGUGCUGGUGGAGACGAUAGUGUCCGGCAGUCCGGCGGCGAUCGCCGAGAUGAGGAAAGGCGACAUCCUGGUGGCGGUGGACGGCAAGAAGGUGUCGAAUAUGAAUCAGGUGGCGAAAUUCGUCAAGUCCGCCGCGCAGCGGCGCUUCAUCAUCCGAGUGGAGAGGCGAUAUUCCCGGGUGGACUCCGAGAGGCAGAGCGGCGCGAAAAUGGACAGCGAAAGGACGUCUUUCACCGAGAGGAAGGCGUCCUUCGCCUCGAAGAGCGAUUCCGUAAGCAAGGUAGACAGUCCGAGCGUCGAGGACGCCGGGAAGAUGAAGUUCGAGACGCAGAUCAAGUUCUCCGACUUACGGGACUCGGAUUGCGACCUCACGGACAGCCGGCCGGACACCAGCAAGUUGUUCAGAAGAAGGAAAAGCAGCGCGCAGACGGAGGACGCCGCCCAGACGCCCGACACCACGCCGUCCCGGCGGAUCUCCACCAUCUCCACGUCGUCGGCGGCGUCCAGCAGCGUGCAGUUUUACCUGCCCGACGACAAUUACAGCAUCGCCGAUUUGCACUACAACACGAGAGAAAAGCCGUACGCCUCUCUGAUCAUGUUCGAAGAGACCAAGAGCUUCCGGAUCGACUCCGAGCUGCAAUAUUUAAACGUGGGGGUAUGGGGACGCGUGAGAGGAGGCGAGACUUCCCCGAAGCUCCUCGGCUACAUAAACGCGCCCGUCAAACUGAUCCUGGCGCAAUGCUGCACAUCCACGACCGGGCAUUACUUGAAGUGUCACGCGUUGCUGCCACCGGAAAGCGCUUAUUUAGCGACAUCCUAUGUAAGACUGCAAGGCUAUUCGGGAUUCGACCCGACGCUCUGCUAUGGCGACAUUUUGCUGUCGUACGUGUGGGAGUCUUGUCGACCGAACGAUCAAACGGUUAGUGAUGUCGGGAAGAAGGAGAACGCGGAAACUGCCAAAAUUCAACCGACACUGAACGAGGAAGUGGCCGACAGGAAGAUGCAUGAUUUCAUCAGGACGCACUUUCACCGGGCGACGCACUGUGACUUCUGCACGAAGAAGAUUUGGCUGAAAGACGCAGUGCAGUGUCGAGAUUGCGGUAUGGUGUGCCACAAGAAGUGCGAGGCUCGCUGCCAGGCGUCCGGCACUUGCGGCGCGGAGAGCCUGGCCACGCUAGCGCUGGAGGCCGAUGAGAUCGAGCCGAAUGCUAUCAUCGGGGAUAUCGGCCCGGAGAUCUCUCUGACCGGGUGUGAAGAUAAUGUACAGGGCGCAAGUAUGAUGGCCGUGAAGGCUAGUAUAGCUAACACUCUAUUGGGCCUGAAGAAGGCUGGAAGUACCAGUUGCCUGGCCCCACCGGCUUCCGGUAUCGGUCUGGCAUCUCGAAGUCUUCCCCCAAGUCCCUGUGCAUCCCGCAAGAGUUCAUUGGCCGGAGGUCUGGGAAUAAGUCCUGACCUCUUGGAGGGUGCUGAGCCAAGUGUUGCAGCUCCACUUAUGGCCGGCGACCUUGACGACGGUCUUAUGUCGAGGGCGAAGGACACCGGCAAGUUCUUGUACAAGUACUUGGAGCCGCAAGAGCGUGUGGAGAAGAUCAAUGCUAUGAUGAGCAGGUUGAAAAACGCGCUGGACGCCGAAACUACCUCAAGAUUAGAACUGUCGCAGCACGGAGACGCGGACAGCAUGAAGCUGAUCGCGCAGAGCGACCUGCGGGUGCAGGCGUUGAGCGUCCUGCUCCUGCAUUACUGCGCCGGCCUGCAGCACGCGCAGGAGGCGGUGGACCGACCGGAAGCCAGCAAUGAAUCUUAACAGGAACGCGUCCGAUAAGCUGCAACUUAAAACAACCGAGAGAGGCAUUCUGAGAGAAAAAAGAACAGAGAACGCGGAAAAUGUAGCGAUAUUCGAUAAUGGAAUAAUUAUCGUUCGCUUUUACUAUUUCUGUUGGCAAAUCGGCCGCGAUCGAGUCGCGUCGACGCGACCUUGCGGCUUUGUAACGCUGAUGUAUUUACCGUUUGACAUUGUUAUAUUGCAAUAUCGUUACCGAGUCACGUGAAACGCCGCACGGAGAUAUUUAUUAUAUUGUUGACGCACAGAAAUAGGGAACAAGUAUCUCUAUCAGCAUUUAUAGACAUUCCGUUAUGUAAACGCCGGAACUCUGUGUCUAUACUUGAAUAAUCUCCUAUUUAUAUACAUACUUAUAUACGUAGUUACUCGUUUUCUCCUUUUCGUCACUUACUGUAUAAUACUUUAGAAUAUUUUAGCAGAACACUUUAUACGGGGUGUUUCAUAAUAUGUGGACAUAACAUGUGGGCAUAAUUUCAGAAAUGAAUUCACGAAACAAAAAUAACACAAAAAGUCCAUACAAACAUUUGUCCUAUCUGACUUUGUUUCCGAGUUACACACGUUUUCGUAUUUCGCUAAUUCCCAAAUUACGAACUGAGCUAACGUAGCGUCUUUAGGUAUUUCUGCCUUUGAUGGAAAUGCUCAAAGUGACCACACUUUGGGAUUGAAGAUAAGCUUCUAAACGUCUUGUCAUUGAUCUUCUAAUACUCGAAUAUUCCGGGUGUUCGGAUUCACUGAUAACCUUUUUCAAUGGCGGAAUACAUCAACAUUGUCUGCCGUAUUGUAAACCAUAGAUUUUAAAUGAUUCCAUAUGUAAAAAUUCGGUGGAUUUAAGUCUGGCGAUUUAACAAAGUCAACAAAAAAAAGAACAAAAAUUAAUGAAAUAUGGAAAUGUUACUUAGAAACAAAGUCAGAUAGAAUAAAUAUUUGUAUGAACUUUUUGUUAUUUUUGUGACCUGGCAUUAUUUCUGAAAUUAUGCCCACAUGUUAUGGAACAUUCUAUAUAUACUUGUGUAAUAUAUUAUAACGUUAUAUAACGUUACAUUUUCCAAAAUCAGGUUUUGAGAGAUAUGGCAUUAUGAAGAUUACAUAUACAUAUGAUUAUAAGGUUACAGAGAGCAACGUAAGGGAUAAGAUAAAAUAUUAUACGCCAUAGUUGUUCUCCAAAGUAUAUUCUACAUUAGUCAAUUGAACGAAUUUUAACGUUAUUCAUAUGAAUGUCGGAUAGACGAUAUAUAGUUGUCGAUUCAUUCGAUCGGUUCGAUUUUCAACCCUGUAACCUGUGGUCAAUCUUCAGCGGGAAACGGUGCGGGUGAAGUUUUGCACUUUUUCCUCCUCAGAAGGCUUCGAAUAACCUUCUGUCUCGUUUAAUUUACAGAAUUUGAUAUAAGCAAUUAUCGUCGGAUUUUUCACAGUCAAUAUAAUUCAUAGUCUAUAUUUCCAGGAUGAACUUGAGAGGAUUUUUGGAAGAGCUAAUUCCUCGAUUGAUAUUUCCUCGCACUUUACAGGGUUAGUCGAAAUUUUUCGUGUAUGUGUGUGUGCAUUUUGCGCACGUAUACGUCAAUACAUAAAGAUUCCAUGUACGUUAAGGCUUCUAGUAAUUUUUAUUCGAUUCACGUGUUGCAAUUCCGAGUACGUAAUUCAUGCGUAGCUAGAUAAUACUCAAAGACGUUGCCGUGAUGAGACAUCGUUCACCAAGAGAAAACACCAAACUCGUUGAGACUAGUAUUGAUAGAUAUAAAUUAUACGCGUAAUAUAAUCAUACGCAGCAAUGGACGCUUUCGUUUGCAAAAGGACGCGCGCGCUAUCUACAAAGCUUUCCAUAAAAGCAACGCACUUGACGCGUAUAUAGGUACUUUUUGUCUAAAAAUAAUCUUACUGCGGUAUGUUGCGGUGUACCGCGGUGAUUCGCGAAAAUCUCAGGAUACGAGAGCGGAGGAACAGCUUGUUAUUCGCCUGCGAAUUUUUGUGGAACGAUUUGUAGAUCGUGACGACGAUCCGUGACGAUGCGAUCACAAAGAAUGAUCUGUAUCGGACAAAUGUUAAAUACGCGUUAUAUUGCAUCUCCUCUCGAAACUACGUGUGAUAAAUGAGCAUUCAGCGCGUUUGCCGAUAGUAUUUUCAGACCUCACGUUUUAUUCUUCUGGCGAAGCCACCUUGGUGCGUAUUCACGCCUCCAUUUAACCCUUUCAGUGUCUUUAUUAUUAAAAGGGAACGUGUAUCCGUGAGUCGUUUCUAUACUUUCAAGAAUACUCGGGAAAUUCUCCCUGGACCACUCGAGAUCUCGACUGACCAGUAGUGGCACGAGACACAACUGGCAGGACUGAUUUUGAUACGUGCAUUGAUUUCUUUCCUACGCAAAUUACGUAACGUUCUUCUGUUUGUAAUAUUUAUCUGCCAAACAAUUCGCCGUUGAAUUACAAUCACACGAGGAAUGUCUUGAUCUUAAAGGCAUCUCUCGUGCUACAAGAUGCGACCACGACGUGUCUUUUCUUUCAUUACACUCAAGAGUCGCAGAGAUGGUGCCAAACUUAUAAAAUAAUAACGAACUCAUGAUUCAGAACAUAUCCAUGUGCAUCGGAACGACAAAUCACCGAGAGUAACGUUAAAUUAAGUAUUACAAUCGCAUGUUACAUAUAUGUGCGAAGCAAACGUACGUUUACGAUACUGAGGAGGCUGGAAGCGAAAGGGUCAACGCUGCAUUUAACGGCUGCAUGGCCGUCCGUUUCCUCUACAUUUGCCUAAAAUUACAGUUCGAGCGUGUCAACGGACGGCCGCAUCCCACGUUAAAUGCUAAAUGCAGUGUGAAUACAGGCCUCCGAUUGUUCAAUCUAUAAUCAAAGAAUUUUACCGCUUUGGCCUAACGCGAACAAUAUCGACGACCGCAACCAGCGUUGAAAGGAAAACCAAUCCAUACGCGAAUUCGCGACGGACUUCUCAAUCGUUUCACGCAUUCGAUAGACGAACGAGACAGCUCUCGUAUUAGCGAAAUCCAUCCACAGGCAGUUCCGCGUGACCGUAAUUUAAGAUGUUGUGCGUCUCGCGAUUGCGAAUCAAUGUAUUGUCGCUCAUUGUUAAUACGUAUACACAUAUAAAAGGAAUAUAAAGGUGGAUAUAUAGAUUGUUAAACGAGCAUCAUAUUCGAUCUCGCACUAUUUACAGUACGCUAUGGUGUGUAUCUUCCAUCCGCGAUCCUUUCGGCUUGCUUAGCAAUUUAGGUGGACUCUGUAGGUCCAUGUUCAGUUUUCGGAUUAAAAAUCGAUUACGUAUAAAAUGCGAAUAGUUCUCCCUUCCCGGAGAUUUUAAGUCGCUUUAAGUUAUCGCCUUUAGACAGAUCGUAUAUCACGUGUCACACAUAAUUAAAUAUUACAACACAACAUAAAUUUCGAUAAUAAUUCCGGCAUAAUCCAGCAUUACAAAUUUUUGUGAUAAUUUUUACUACAUUUUCCCCGUGCAGAAGUAAGAUAUGAGAUGAAAAAGGUCUUGAGAGAGUUUUAUUCUCCCAGGUUCCAUGUGUUUCCGUUUGACAGACGCACUUCGCGCUCAUGACGGGUUGCGCUUUUCCAAACGCUUGCCCGAGGUUUUUAUAACUUUGUUUUUUGAUUCAUCCUCGUAUAAAGGCGCACAUGAUACAAGGACCGGGAAGGUUGUUAAAGAGAUGCGCAAAAGUCGCAAUAAAAGUCACCGACGGACGGGCCACGUUGUCGAGUCGUGUUGCUCGCGCCGGGGAAAUUCCGCGAUGAAAAAUAGACAUCCGCGAAAAUCGAGGUCGCACGCGUCAUAAGCGCGUCCGACGUUUCCGUCGCGCAUUCGUACAUGUGUGUGUGUGUGUGUGUGUGUGUGUUUGCGAAAAACAGCCGGAUUGACCCGCGCCCAACGAGACUCGCACGUGCCACAUGCAAUUGCAUUUUUCCCGAGAUCCUGAGACUCCUUUGGCUUCCUAUUUUCGCGUCGUACUGGAAAGAGGAAUCAAACGAUUCAGAAACAAUCAGUUCGAUCGCGAAGGGGAUUCGAGAGGAAGCGUCGAUUUUAUCAAAUGAUAAGUCACUGAAGUUUCCAAGGGGGAAACUCGAGGAUCGAUGAGACGUCGAAGGGUCUGCGAAUCCGCUGACGCUCGCGUGCGGGCGAUUUCUGGUAAACACGAAGACUGAUGGCGCAGUAGACGGAACGUGGUCGCGUGUACAAAGAACGGACGUUAACGACGAUCUCUAUCUCUCUCUCUCUCUCUCUUUCUUUCUUUUCGCAGGGCCAACGUUCGCUGCUUGACGAGGGUGCGAGCCAGAGUAUCCCUCCGACGUUACCUCCUGACCGCUGCUCUCCGUCGAAGAGAGAGAAAACGCGACGAUGGACGGCGCGGACGGGAACGGAAGUCGGCCGGUCGGCGCAGAGAUCCGCGGAGACGCGCUUCCUUCUGCGCGUGCCGGUAGUUUGUAGCGUCUUAAAUAAAGUGUGUUUAUAUUCGCGAAUGCAAGUUUAUUUCGGCGCGGUGGACAGACCGCUCGUAAUUUAACGCGCGCACGCAGAAGUCGAGGCACACUCAGUAGCGAUUUCAGCGCAGAUUCGGGAUUCACCGGGAGGACGAAGGACCCGAAGUCGUGCAGAUGCGAAGACCAGGGUAGAGAGAGAAGAUUUAUAUGCGACAGGAUCGAGGAAUCUGAAAAAACGUGGGAUGGCCGUUGAGAGCACGUGAUUUAAAGUCACAAGGACCAGCGAGAGCGCCUUCCCAAGGAUUUGGGAAUAUCAGGAUGUGCAUAUGUAAGAAUGUAGGAAUCGAAGGAAGACGAAGCCCCUCGGGUCCUGGGAAGGUCCCGAGGGAUCUCCUUAGCACU